AUUUGUUGCCAAACCAAGCAACGAAACGCUCCGAUCAUAUUAUCGGACAAGACUACAAGAGGUAGGAAGAACAGGAGAGCCACAAAAAGCAUGUCAAAGUCGGACGCAGUGGCGAAUGGGCUAGCGGGAGCAGGUGGGGGUAUUAUUGCUCAGAUAAUCACUUAUCCCCUUCAAACGAUAAACACGCGCCAGCAAACCGAAAGACGGGCUAACAAGAAGAAGAAGAAUGAAGGCUCCCUUGAUUCUGCACCUGCACCUGGAACGCUUCUUCAAAUCCUUCAGCCAAUUUUAUUUCACCAGGUCAUUAAAACCGAAGGCUGGGGUGGACUUUAUAGUGGCCUUAAGCCUUCUCUCUUUGGAACUGCUGCUUCGCAGGGCAUUUAUUACUACUUCUAUCAAGUUUUCAAGAACAGGGCAGAGGCCAUUGCAGCCUCUCGUAAAGCCAAAGGUCAUGGAGAUGGUAACGUUGGCAUGUUUUCUUGGCUUGUUGUGGCUGCUAUAGCUGGUUCACUGAAUGUAUUGCUGACAAACCCAAUAUGGGUUCUUGUGACUCGUAUGCAGACACAUACUCAAGCAGAAAGAAAAAUUAUGGAGGGAAAGAAAGAAGUUUUAAUCAGGGAAGCUUCUGAAAGUGGUUUACAAGGUUCAGAUUUACAGGACAAAUUGGCUGAACUUGAUUCAAUAAAGCCUUGUCCUUAUGGAACAUUACAUGCGGCAUGUGAAGUUUUUAAUGAAGCUGGAAUAACUGGAUUUUGGAAAGGCAUCUUUCCUACGCUUAUCAUGGUGUGUAAUCCAUCCAUCCAGUUUAUGAUUUAUGAGACAUCGUUAAAGCAUCUAAGGGAAAAACGUUCCGCAAUCAAGCAGGGGUAUAAAAAUGCAACUGCUUUAGAGGUUUUUUUACUAGGAGCCUUGGCAAAACUGGGAGCAACUGUCUCAACGUACCCCUUGUUGGUUGUCAAGUCAAGGCUUCAAGCAAAACAGGAGAUUGGUGGAAAUAGUUCAUUGAGAUACUCAGGCACACUUGAUGCAGUAACUAAAAUGAUCCGUUAUGAAGGGGUGCUUGGUUUUUAUAAGGGGAUGGGCACAAAGAUAGUACAGAGUGUUUUUGCAGCCUCUGUACUUUUCAUGGUUAAGGAGGAGCUUGUUAAGGCUUACAUGGUUCUGGCAGAUAAGAGCAAGAAAGUUCUGUUAAAUUUGAGUAAAUGACUUCUUUAUCAUGUAUGAGGGAUAAAAUCUACAUUUGUGGUUAUCUUAUUUACUCAUUAAUUAUACAUCAUGGAUAUAUAAUGAGGGUUAAAGUUA